UCAAAACACACACAGAUUUCCCGAUCAGUUUUAUCAAUUCGUACCGUUUAUGUUUGCAGUUGGUGAAAGCGGUGGGUGAGUUAGGGCAGGUUUGGAGUGUCCGUUCGCACAAUCAGUUGUUGCCGUGGACACCCCUAAAAAAGGGAGGCCCAUAUUCGUCUAUGCGAUGAUUAUUAAACGCGGGAGAAACCCGAUUCUCUACAGUCAAUUCCAAUGAUACAGGGGUUUUCUGUUGAGUUUUUCAAUUAUAAUCUCUCUAUUUUUUUAACGCUGUCCGACCAGUCUUUAUAUAGAUUAACACGGAAGUUGUGGUGGUUGUGGGUUGCCUCAAGCUGUGCUGUGGUAUGCUCGAUGUACGUAUGUGGUCAUUCAAUGAAUUAUCGCUCAAAGGAGUCCUACGGGAAGCAACCAGUCAGGAAAAAGGACCACGGGAAGGCAAUUGUCCACAAGGUGUGCAGAUGUGAUGAAAUCAUGGAUCGUAGGCAUGAAAAUAAAGGGCUCGCAACAAGUUUUCCGGUAAUCGGAACAAAGGCGACUUUUCAAACCUGUAGCCAUGCACGAACUUGCCAGUGCAUGAAUACAGCCACACACACGCAGACAAGGGUGUGUGACGGUGUACAGUGGGUAGUACCUACGAACACUGUACUACCAACUUCUGGUAAACUGCUAUUGGCAUUUCUGACCUGUGUGAGAAGCUAAAGACGAUAGAAACUAGACAAUGUGGUGCCUGAAAAAAACCUUCAUUGAUGUAGCAGGUUGGGGUAAGUAGAUCCGAUAUGACAAUUUGCAUGUUUCUCUUUUGUACAGCUUCACCUGAGCAGCUAUGGCGUAUGGGAAAUAUGUAGGGAAUUUUGGGGUGUUCUGU